AAUUAUCCUUUGUUACUGCGCAUUGUCAAAGAGGGAGGCCAUCGUGGAUUACAGGAAUGUCAGAGACAGUUUAAGAAAGAGAUAUGGAACUGUUCCCUGGUCAACAAGAAUGUGUUUCAGCAGUUGCCUAUCUUUGUUAAAACCACUUUGCCACAGGGUGAGUAUCGGACAUUUUGUUGUUUAAGAUAAGGCCAACAGCCAGUGAAUAUGGAUCGAAAACUGAAAACUUUUAGUAAUAAUUAGACAGAAAACUUUUAGUAACAACUAAACAAAAAACUAAGGGACUGACUUAGGAAUAUCAAGAUACCAGAGAUAUUUAUAAUGUAACAACCUUCAAAAUCAACCAGAGCCCAAACGGGCUCCUGAGACUUUCUGCUCAAUGUUUUUAAGUACUAUCUGCAGAAACUGUAAACUCACGUGCGACGUUAAAUAUUGGAAAUUUUUGUUAAUUUUUUUUUCUCUCGAGGAAGUUUGCAUGGCAACUUUAAUAAGACAAAAACUUAGUCUGACUAAACAUUUUUACACAGAGCAGUUCUUCCAAAAAAGGCGAAGCUAAGUCUUAGCUGGUGUCAAGAAUACGACAGAGCCGUGCAUAACUGAUCAUCAUCAAGGACUGCCCGUUGCCAUAAAGAGACUGUCGGUGAACCUCUGAUAACAAUUGAUCUAUGUUGCUAAUAUACCUAGGCCAACAUUAACACUUACUUCUCAAUUAAGGCAAAAUGCUGGUUUAGGGAGGGGUAGGUGGGCAGCUUCCCAGAAACGUAUAAUGAUCCAAUGUAAUCUUAAAUCUGUACAGCCACUCGGGAAACCGCUUUUCUUCACGCCAUCAGCAGCGCCGCCAUUACACACGAGAUCACUCUUCAAUGCGCACGCAAUAGAAUCCCCGGAUGUAGAUGCGGUAAAACGAGAAAACAGCUGCAAGGAGACCGUGAGUGGGAAUGGGGCGGAUGCAGCGAUAACACCAAAUAUGGAGAAAAGGAGACGAGACGCUUCAUCGACAGACUAGAGAAAGGAAACGACGCUCGCACAGUAUUCAACCUGCAUAAUAAUCAAGUGGGAAGAAAGGUAAACUGACUCGACAUUAUUUAUCGUUCGCAUAAAAUCGGCAAAUGUGUGUCGUGACCAAUCAUAAGAGGUAGAGGAUUUAAAAAGUUACAGAGGUUAUGUUACGAAUUAUGCCAAAAUUCUAAGAGUAGGAACUGCCUACAAAAGUGGGGCCCGGAUGGAGAAAGGUUUGAAGUUGUGGGUUUUUGAAAACUUGUUAGCCUAAGUUCAUUUUCGUUGUUUAUAUCGUUUGGUAUAAUGCUCGGGAUUUUGUGGCCGAGAGUUUGCCGUACAUGGGGAAUUUCUUCGUCAUCGUUUUAAAAAGAAUCCGUCAAAUCUCGUGUGGGACAUACCACAGUUUCUUAGACUUCCUUUGUACAACCGCAAAUUGCGCUACUUUUCAAUUUCCAAGUCCUGUAAUUAAACAUGCACGAUGACCUACAUUGAUUGACUCAAGCUCAAACUUUACCCAGCAGUUCUUUUGUCUUGCCAGUUUUAACUACAAUGGUCUGACAGAAUGAUUGUUAUUUGUUUAAAACAGGUUGUUCGAGGAAGCCUCAAAAAAGAAUGCAAGUGUCAUGGCGUCACUGGCAGUUGUACCUUGAAAACCUGCUGGAAGCAGCUGGCUCCUUUUGCCGUCGUUGGAUCAGCGCUUAAGCAGAAGUACCUCACAGCUGUUCCAGUGUCAUUCAAAAACAACAAACUUCACGAGAAAGAAGGCCGAGACAGACCGCUAUCAAGGAAAUCCAAGAAGCUUGUUUACUUAGACUCGUCCCCAGACUACUGCGUACGAAAUACUACAGCUGGCUCUCUUGGAAUGCUGGGAAGAACCUGUACAAGUGACGCUGGACACACCAAGCAAUGCAGAUCUCUUUGUCAAUCUUGUAACUUGCGGGCUCAAACCAAAGAACAUUACAAACAGGUCAAGUGCAGAUGUAAAUUUGUGUGGUGCUGUACUGUGAAAUGCGAGUUAUGCACUGUGAAAUAUUCGCUUACAACUUGUUCAAAAUAG